AAGGUUGUGGAGGUUCGCGUUAUUUAGUGUAGAAUGUGCUCGGAUGUGCUCAAAAAAUACAUCAUUUGAUUAAGCACAUCCGGCUGCAGUAGGUCGGUACUGUCAAACGCAACGGUGGAGUCUGAAACGGGCACGGGGUGAAGCUUGGAGGUAUCUCGAGCCUCCAUGAGCCUGAGCACCGAGGGAGCGACGAUGGUAACGAUGAGCACGGAGGCGACUGAUAAGGCAGUAACAGUGAUCACCGGUACACCGAAGAAGCUGAUGAUGAACACCAACGGGAAAUGCGACGGCAGCGAAAACGACAAAGAGAAGGAUAGUGAGCGGGAGAAGGAUAAAGGCGGUGAAAUGACUUCCGGAAGUUCUAGUGCUCCCAAGACGGCCGAGGGUGGCGGUGUAGAGAGUGUAAGUUCUAGUGCGACAGUGUCUGCACCGGUGGAGGAAGGAUCCAUUCGGGUUGGCACUAGUAUGGCACCGGCCACAAGCAGCAGUAAAGAUGGUAAGCCAUCGACCACGGCCGGCUCGACAGCCGGUAGCAGCGGACCGGCGGGAAAGAGUGCUGGUCAACCUUCCCAUUCUCACUUAACCCAGACGGCAUUGAGCCAAGAUGCACCAAACAUUUUAGUUUAUAAAAAGAUGGAAGCGAUCGUCGAGCGGAUGCAGGGCGAGGAAGGGGGCGUAUCGGUACGCACCAUCAAAGCUUUCAUGAGCAAAGUACCGUCCGUAUUCACUGGUGCCGAUCUGAUAGCGUGGAUCAUGAAGAACCUCAGCAUAGAAGACGUGAACGAGGCGCUCCAUUUGGCGCAUUUACUCGCAUCACACGGAUACCUGUUCCCGAUCGACGACCACCAGCUGACGGUGAAAAACGACGGCACGUUCUAUCGCUUCCAGACGCCGUACUUCUGGCCCUCGAACUGCUGGGAACCGGAAAAUACCGACUACGCCGUGUACCUUUGCAAGCGUACGAUGCAGAACAAGACGCGCCUAGAGCUGGCCGACUACGAGGCGGAGAAUCUGGCCAAGCUGCAGAAGAUGUUCUCGCGCAAGUGGGAGUUUAUCUUCAUGCAGGCCGAGGCGCAGAGCAAGGUGGAUAAGAAGCGCGACAAGCUCGAACGGAAGGUGCUCGAUUCGCAGGAGCGCGCGUUCUGGGACGUACAUCGUCCGAUGCCGGGGUGUGUCAACACGACCGAGGUCGAUAUUAAGAAGGCGUACCGACGUGGAGCGUCCACGCUCGGGUCAGGUUCGUGCGGAACCGCCGGUAACAGCAAUCCGAUCGAGCAGCUAAGCCGCCAGAUCAAGCUGCUCAAAUUGAAGCUGGAACGGCGCACGAUAAAAAUCUCCAAAGUGGCCGAAUCAUAUAUUUCCUACUUUGAACAGUACAAUGAGUACGAUAGCUUUCUGACACCGCCCGAUCAACCAAAUCCCUGGAUCACGGAUAACACCGAGAUAUGGGACGCCGAUCGUACUGCCAAAGACGUGUCGUUGAAGCGUGUGAAGCGGUGGGGCUUCAGCUUGCGGGAACUUCUACACGAUCCCGUUGGUCGCGAGCAAUUCUCCAAGUUCUUGGAUAAAGAAUUUAGCGGUGAAAACUUAAAAUUCUGGGAAUCGGUGCAAAGCAUGAAAGCUCAACCACAAUCGAAAGUAAAGGAAGCCGCCCAUGCCAUAUAUCUUGAAUUUCUGGCCCCGGAUGCACCAUGUCCGGUGAACGUCGACUCGAAGUCGAUGGAGCUGGCGCGGGAAGCGGUGAGCAGUACGGCGCCACCAAACCGCUGGUGCUUCGAUGUGGCAGCCGCCCACGUGUACCAUCUGAUGAAGAGUGACUCUUACUCACGCUACCUGCGGUCGGACAUGUACAAGGAGUAUUUGAACGGGUCGAAGAAAAAGAUCAAAUCCAUUCCGAACCUGUUCGGUGUGAAGCGUUAAGAACAAGUUUGAAUGUUAACUAAAAUUUCUCGAACGUGGAAUAACGUCCCAAAGUUUCUCCUGUGGAGUAAUGCUGUGUGUUUCUGUGUGUUGAAGGAAAGCGCACUCGUGUGUUGACGUUUUAACUUCUCCCGUGCUUUUCUUAAGUGAAAAGAAAACUGGAUGUGAGACGGAUCGGUGUGCCAUGUUCCCAGUUGCGAUGGAAAAUUGUUCAUAGAACAAUUUCUUUUAAGCCAUAGCUAACGUAGGGGUCAGUAGAGAGGAAGGAAUACAAGCUACGUGUUAAAAAGGAUGCCAUUUGUCGAAUGUAGUUGCCAUGCCGGAUGGAGGGAAACGAACCCCAAAAUCAACCAAAUACAACCAAAACUAAGGAAUUGUUGAUGAAUUUCAUCGAAGAUAGCUUUUAUUUGCAUGCAUGCAGAUAAGUUUGACUAGACAUUAAAGAUGUAUUUCUUUUAGAAUACAGCAAUAGGAAACAAUAGGAAAUAUCGAUAGAAAGGAUCGAGAGCGAAGGUAAUGUGGCUGGACGCAAAGAGAGAGAGAGAAAGAAGGAAAGAGAGUGCAGCAAGAAGUUCACAAAAUAGACGGGUAGAAAGGCCAUUAGCAUUAUACAAAGGAUUAGGUAAUUAAAAUUAAAUUUAAAAAUACAACAACAAGACAAAAGCAAAUGUUAAACUAUAUUAUAAUACAUCAUAUAUAUAUAUACACUCAUACACAUACAGACUCAGAAAACACGAAGAAAACGAAGGCACAAAGUCACAUAAGCAUUAUUGGAAGUUGUAAAACAUUCCUUGGACAAGUCACUAAAAGCGUCGAAAACAGAAUAAGAAGAAAGACGACUCAGACUCAAAAAUACCUAUAGGUUCAACGCCGAUAAUGUUUACAGUGAGGAACCAUAAGUGAGAAGAACUAAUAAUAGGAAUAGCAGUAGUAUUGAUAAAUAUUAUUAACUGAAACGGAAUAGAAAAUAUAACAAUACUACCGAACACGUUAGCAAAAGAAUGCAAU